UACAGAUCCGGCAUGUGUGUUGUUCCCAACAUACUUAGACAUGCCCAAUAUGAAUUUUUGUUAUUAAUAGAAUUGAUAUUUGAUCCCCUUUAUCAACCUUCAGCCGCAAAAGACACUAUGCAGGAUGCCCAGAUACCCAUGAGCUACGAUCAGAAUUCGAUUCAAUGGGUUACAAUGUCUAUGGAUCUGCGACCCAGCUAAUUCCCCUUAUUGGUACAUGAGCAAACACCGGCAUGUAUGCAUGGGGUAAUUGGCAUAUCCUCGUGGGUGACGUUUGACUGUUGGCGCCAUAGCGGAUCUUUGAGAAUGCCAAAUUGCGGUUAGACACCACGUAAGAAGUCGUGUAUUAACAGUAAAGUCCCACGUGUAUAGCCCUGCGAAAAUCACCAGGAAGGGAGAGCAGGAUAUAAUAAACAUGAGCCCUGUUUUGUUCCUUGUCGGCAAACUUGAGGUUUGUACCAAAACAAUAUCCACGAAGUAUGACGACUAUCUUAUUCACGUAUUUUCAAACUGCUCAGCUGGCUAGAGACACUACAUAUUAAACCGGCACGACUGGUGAAUAUGUGUACGAAUUCUUUGAAGUCAUUCCGAAAACUAAACACUCAAGCAACAUUCUCACAAUAGUAUUACGAUAUUACGCAGAAGACAAACCGAAAUUUCCCAUCAUCUACACCGAAAUUUUUCAGCAUGGCUCAAAUUAGCUUCCCUAACCACGACCUAUAUAAGGUCCUCGGCGUUGAGAGUAACGCUAGUUUAGAGGAUAUCAAGAGGGCCUACCGAGAACUCGCAAGAAAGGUCCAUCCAGAUAAGGCGGAAGGUGGAAACACGCCGGAGAACAACGCGCGAUUCCAGCAGGUUUCAGAGGCGUGGGAGAUUCUCCGUGACGAUGUUCUAAGACGUGAGUACGAUAUUCAUCGUGAAAGCGCCGAAGAUCUUGGUCAUGACAGCGAUACAGGUUCUAAGCGUCGUAGCCGGAAAGAGCGCAGCGGUAAGUACGAACAGAGCAGAUAUUCUAAAGACGGUUCUUCUAAUAGACAUCCAGGUAGCUACGAAGCGAAGCCCAAUCAUCGCGGGAAGCCAUAUUUCGAGGAAUGGGGGCAUGAUAAGCCUAACGGUCCGGAUGAAACCCAUGGUUCUAGAGCGCAUGGGGCUAGACGACGAUCUAAUACAUAUGCAUACUCUUCAACCUCAUACGGCACGCCGUCGCCCUUCGAGCGGCCUGGUACGACGCCGGACCCACAACCAGUUCCCGGUGCAUAUCAACAUAAGACCCACGACCCAAGAGGCCCGCCACCUCCCUCGGUCAAUCUUGCAGACCGCUUAACCGCUAUGCGUAUAAGAGUUGAUAUGAGGUCUCUCCAUAGUGAUCUCGAUGCCACAGCCAAGGAAAUCCAGUACCUCGCAACGGGCUUCCAUUCGACGCCGUUCAACACCUCGGACAAAGAGCAACGCCGUUGGGGCAAGCUCUUCAAGGAUGCCAGUAGCGCUCUUAACGUCGUCGACGACAUGUACGAUGACCUGGACGUUUGGGUGGAUCAUAUCGAAACCGGAAAAGGAACGUCACGAUCGGCAGCUUGCCACUUACCUGCACAAUUCGCCUAUAUCUCCGCCAUCGCCACCAUAAUGAAAUACGCCGCUACGGCAUGCGUCACCUUCCAGGGGCUAAUAUUGAGCUGUCCUUACGAGCCGCCUCAGCAGUACUUCGACGAUCUGGAAGAACGAAUGAGGAUUAUGAUAACUGCCUGUGGAUCAUCGCAGCAGAAACAAAAAUAGACAACAUCAAUAGGCGCUAUGGACGUUUGGCUGGA